CAAAAAUGACGGAUCCCGACGAAAAUGCGAAUCUUCUCAUGCUCUGCGAGGAUAAAAACGCCCAACAGGCAUGUAUUCUGUACGAAUACCUUCAGAAAACCAAAAUUUCCGACGCUUUCGACAUUUUUUGCGAUGUUUUAGGAGAGGAAGCAAUGGAAUUCCGUGAAUUCGAAUUUUUCGUCUAUAAAUUGGGCCAGGAGAAUGCAGAAUUGGGCAGUGAAUGGAGAUUCAACCCGAAGUGUCGUCAAUUUCUGGAACUUCCUGACGAUAUGCUCAAUGAAAUUUUCGAUCAUGUGAAGCCCAUCGAGCUAUUCACGAUCCGAAAAGUGUCCCGACGAUUCCGUGAUGUCAUCGGCGGCCGAGCUCCCGGAUUCAAGCAAAUCGACGUUGAAAUUUCGAAUUCAAACUUUACAAUUAAUUUUGACAACGAUGAUGAAGAUGUUCAAUACUGGCGAGAAAAUGUAGACGACAAAGGAUUUACAAUUGAGUACAGGGAACACAAAGUCCACGUGGAAAGUGGAUGCGUCGUGGAAGCUGGCCUUUCCGAUCUAUACCGAAUCAUGAAAAAUCCGAAAUUCUCGUUGGAAAUUUUCGACGUCAAACUCGACCGAUAUCUGGAUUACGAAAAAAUUGAAAUCAUGGAGAAAUUGCUGAAAAAAGUGAAAUACAUUAAAGUGAACCAGUUUGUUGUCCGCGACUGUGACACAAUUAUUCACGUUCUUCCGUAUUUGAGACCGGGAACACUUGAGGAGCUUCAUUUUGUACCGGCUUCCUCGCACGUAUCGUUUGAUCGGAUUGUGAAUACGUUGCAGUUUUGUUGUGCCAAGAAAUUUUUUAUGGACGAUGAAACUUACAAAUUAUCAAAAUCGACGGGGAUUGACAACUUUUUCCAUUUGUCUCACUUCAUCAUUUCGGUGCAAGAGUUCACAACGCGAGACGCGAUGAAAAUUAAAAAUAUUUUCAUGAAAGAGCCGAGCUUCAAAUACGCGAAAAUCCUUGCUGAAAUCCCCAAUCAAAUGGAAAUUCUGCGAGUAUUUUACCCAGCAUACUCUGAACCACUUCCUCCCGGAGUUCGCUACGAGACCGAUGGCGACAAAUUUGCUCUCUUGUUUAUUUCGGAGAGUUUUGAAGUCAUCAAAGUUGAGAAUUUCGAUUUUAGCGAUAUUGAAGAUCUUGGUGGUGCUGACGAUGAUGAUUCUGAUUCCGAUUAAUAAUUGUUACUUUUUUGAAAUUUGUUGAAAAUUUGCAAUGAAAUACUGUUUUUUUU